AUGUCUUCGACGUCCAGCACAUCGGCCGUCGACCCGGAACGUGCCAAGGAAAGCAAUACGGCUAUGAUCCUAGCUGUGACGGGGACAUUCCACGCUCUCGCUCUCGUCUUCGUCGUCCUCCGAACGUAUACCCGCGCCGCUAUCGUAAAGACGAUAGGCAUUGACGAUUACAUGAUGAUCAUGUCCGCGGCAUUUUACGGACUUGGCAGACACAAAGACACAAUCAGCAAGCCAGAUCAAGUGUUCUUCUCAAAGGUCGGCUUCUUCCAAUCGAUUAUAUCCGCCAUUGCUGCGCUGGCGUUUCUCAAGAUCUCAAUCGCUCUAUCCCUGCUACGCCUAAGUAAAAAUAAGUGGUACUCGAGAUCACUAUGGGCUUUAAUUGGUAUGGUAUCUUUCCAGCCCUAUACUGUGGACUAG